UCUUCACUCUCUCACUGUUUUCUCCAAUCAAAUACAAUCAACCAAUAUGCAAGAAUCAAACAGCAUGCAUCAAGAACAUGUUCAAAUUGUUCCUCCAACACCAACUACAACAUCUUAUAUAGGAGUUAGGAAAAGAAAAUGGGGGAAAUUUGUAUCAGAAAUAAGAGAACCAGGUAAGAAAAGUAGAAUUUGGUUAGGAAGCUAUGAAGAACCACAAAUGGCAGCAGCAGCUUAUGAUGUAGCAGCAUUUCAUCUCAAAGGUCGUGCCGCGAGGCUAAAUUUUCCUGAAUUGGUUGAGAAACUUCCUAUGCCUUCAAGUUCUGAAGCAGAGGAUAUUCGUGUAGCAGCUCAACAAGCCGCAUUGCAGUUCAAGACAAGAACAUUGUCACGAAUAUCCUCUGCUUCAGGUUCCGAAGGGGGUGGCAAUAGCGAUAGCAAUGGUAAUGGAAAUGUUGUUCCUUCUGUGAGAGUUGGGCUUUCACCUUCUCAAAUUCAAGCGAUUAAUGAGUUUCCUUUUGAUUCACCAAAGAUGUUUGGAUUUGAAUAUGAUGAAUCUAGGAUGAUGUUUUAUGAUGAUAAUAAUGUUUUAGAGUUGAGUGAAUGGGAAGAAAUUCAGUAUGACUCAUUGUGGGACUAGUGAUUAGUCAUGAAUCAUAUAAUAGUAGUACUAGAUUUAUUUAAUUAUAAUAAUCAAUUAAUAAUUAUUGUACCCUCCAUUUAGGGACCAUUAUAUGAAACCACCAUAUAUAAGUAUGACUGAUUCAAUGAAG